AUGUUUAACAGUUACAAUCGCCGCAAGAAACAUGAUACGGUUUUUUUAAACGUGAAACCGACUUUUAACAGUCAAGGUGGCGGUUUGCGGAAGUAUUCGACAGGUUUGCUUGAUAAAGAGGAGAAUCCGUUUUACAAUCCGAACAGUAGUAAUGCAAGUAGAGCGUCAGUCGGCACUAUAACCACGUUAAAUGAAAAUUUUCGAGCUAAUAUUUUCUACAACAAUAUUGCGCCAAUUCAAUGGUUUUUGCAUUUGAUCGGAGUUUUACCCAUAACAAGGCGAGAGUCAGGAAAGGCAAAAUUUCGUAUAAAUUCUGUCGCUUUUGGUUAUUCGUUGGUAUUCUUCAUACUUUUAUCGGUAUUCGUGGCUUAUGUGGCUAAAAAUCGUAUAAGUAUAGUGACAUCGUUAAGUGGACCCUUCGAGGAGGCGGUUAUUGCCUAUCUAUUUCUUGUCAAUAUUUUACCGUUACUUUUAAUUCCAUUACUGUGGUGGGAGGCGCGUAAAAUUGCGCGUUUAUGGAAUGAUUGGGAUGAUUUUGAGAUUUUAUAUUAUCAAAUAUCGGGUCAUAGCAUACCGUUGAAUAUACGCCGUAAAACCACUUUGAUAGCUGUUAUUUUGCCCUUAUUAUCCAUUUUAUCGGUUGUCAUUACGCACAUUACAAUGGCGGAUUUUCAACUACUUCAAGUAAUUCCCUACUGCAUCUUAGAUAAUUUGACAGCCAUGUUGGGUGCUUGGUGGUUUAUAAUCUGUGAAUGCCUUAGCAUGACGGCCAAUAUAUUGGGCGAGCGUUUUCAAAGGGCUCUUCGUCACAUCGGUCCCGCUGCCAUGGUCGCCGAUUACCGUGCCUUGUGGUUACGUUUGAGUAAAUUGACACGGGAUACCGGCAAUGCCACCUGUUACACCUUUACUUUUAUCAAUUUAUAUCUAUUCUUCGUUAUUACACUUUCCGUUUAUGGUCUGAUGUCACAACUCUCUGAGGGUUUUGGCAUUAAGGAUAUUGGUUUGGCCAUAACCGCAAUUUGGAAUGUGUUUCUUCUAUUUUACAUUUGUGAUAAGGCACAUUAUGCCUCCUUCAAUGUGCGUACGAAUUUUCAGAAAAAACUCUUGAUGGUCGAAUUGAAUUGGAUGAACUCGGAUGCACAGACGGAGAUUAAUAUGUUUAUACGUGCCACGGAAAUGAAUCCCUCGAAUAUAAAUUGUGGUGGAUUUUUUGAUGUAAAUCGAAAUCUUUUCAAGGGGCUGCUGACCACAAUGGUCACUUAUCUUGUUGUCUUGCUACAGUUCCAAAUCAGCAUACCCACCGACUCUGGCAAACGUAUGAAUAUUUCUGUGGCGGAAUUUGCCAAUGACAUGUUGAUGGAUAGCGCCGAGAUAGAGUCGACUACUACCACUACUACUACUACUACUACACCAAAACCGAAAAUUACAACCACUAAAGCGCCGGCACGCGGUAGAAAGGGCAGAAAUUAA